UAAUAACGAAAGUGCGGUGAAUGAAAAACAAAAUGUUUUGAUGACGUCAAGUCUGUACCAACCAACUGCUCUGCGACGUACAAAAUCACCAGUGCUGGUUCUCCUGAAUGAUGUGAAGGAUGGCAAUCUCUAUAGCAAUCCUAGACUGUGACCUAGUGCUGCAUGGUCGGGGGAACAAAACACUUGAUCGAUUUGAUAUCGAAAGGGUGUCCGAUGAAUUUCUGCUGACAACAUUUGGUUUUCCACGCGAGUUCAUUUAUUACCUGGUGGAACUGUUAAAGGACGAUUUGUUGAGACGCACACAGAGGUCAAGAGCCAUCAGUCCAGAUGUUCAGGUACUUGCAGCCCUGGGAUUCUACACAACAGGAUCCUUCCAGAGCAAGAUGGGAGAUGCGAUUGGCAUCAGCCAGGCCUCCAUGAGUCGCUGUGUUUCCAAUGUCACUAAAGCUUUGAUUGAAAAAGCACCAGAGUUUAUCGGCUUCACGAGGGAUGAGGCAACCAGCCAGCAGUCCAAAGAGGAGUUUUACAGGACAGCAGGAAUUCCUAAUGUAAUGGGAGUAGUGGACUGUGCACAUAUUGCCAUUAAAGCACCAAAUUCAGAUGACCCUUCCUAUGUCAAUAAAAAAGGAUUUCACUCUAUCAACUGCCAAUUAGUAUGUGAUGCCAGAGGCUUGUUGCUUAGUGCAGAGACACCUUGGCCAGGUAGUCUGACAGAUAGAGCUGUAUUUAAGCAGUCCGGUUUGUCAAAGUUGUUUGAAGAGAAGGAUAAUGUCGAUGGCUGGCUUUUGGGUGAUAACCGCUAUCCUUUAAAGAAGUGGCUGAUGACUCCAGUGCAGAGCCCAGAGUCUCCUGCUGAUUACCGCUUUAAUCUGGCCCACUCAGCAACGCAUGAGAUUGUGGACCGCACAUUCAGAGCCAUUCAGACACGUUUCCGGUGUCUGGAUGGGGCAAAAGGUUACCUGCAGUAUUCCCCUGAGAAAUGCUCUCACAUCAUUCAGGCAUGUUGUGUGCUGCAUAACAUUUCCUUGCAGUCUGGCCUUGAUGCCUGGACUUUUGAAAGGACUGAGGCCACAGACCAAUCCGAGGAGGAUAUCGACCCCACUGAUACUGUUGACCCAGAUGCUCUGAUAGUUAGACAGAAACUCAUCCAGGAGCAUUUUAGCUAGGAUGCAAAGUAGGAUUCACUUUUUAUACGUUAAGGAACAAAUUGAAUUGUGACCAUAGUAGAUAACCAUAGAUCUUGUAGUUUAAUUGUUGUGUUUCAUUUCCUUCUGUUGGAUAUUUUUAGUUUAAAAUUAUAGAGCUGUAAAAUGAAGGAAUUAAUAAAUAACAUG